AUUUUGUUUAAGGAGCAUGUUAGUGUAAAUCUCUUCAUCUACCCAAGUGCUUUGGAUGUGUUCUUGCUCUUUAUUUGUAUCUAGCCAGAGGAACGUUCACGGCACUAUAGGCUCAUCAACUUACUUGGAAUAUGGCCACUUCUGCAAGCAUAACCUGUGUCAAGGAUCUCGAAAGCAGGGCAAGUGAAAAGAUCGGCUCGAAGGCAUGGGAUUACUACCGUAGCGGAGCAGAUUCGGAAAGCACGCUCAGGGACAAUGAAGAUGCGUUCCUCAGGUAUCGGUUCCGUCCGCGCGUACUCAGAGACGUUUCAAAUAUUGACUUAUCUACUAAGAUCUUGGGAACGACCAUCCGGCUUCCGAUAUGCUUGGCGCCGUCGGCAAUGCAGAGAAUGGCUUCGCCACGAGGUGAACUUGAUACGGCCCGGGCUGCUUCAAAGAAGGGCACAAUUAUGAUACUAUCGACUCUGUCGACCACCAGCCUUGAGGACGUCGCGCACGAGUUCCACAAUUGGUCAACUGGGCACGGGGCGCUUUGGUUCCAGCUGUAUAUUUACAAGGACCGCGAAAUCACGAAGAACCUGGUAAAACGCGCAGAGGGCUCCGGCUUCCAGGGACUGUGCGUCACCGUUGACACGCCUUAUCUCGGAAAUCGGCGAGCCGACGCCCGAAAUCGGUUCGAAAUGCCACCCGGAUUAUCGUUGCGUAAUUUUGCGGGUGUUCGUCCCGAGAUGACGUAUGGUCAGGCAGAAGAGAGUUCUUGGCUUCUCGAGUACACUCAAAGCCUAUUUGAUGACAGUGUUUCGUGGAAGGACAUCGCCUGGUUACGUGAAAUCACACAUAUGAAAAUAAUUCUCAAAGGAAUCGUUACUGCUGAAGAUGCUGAGCUGGCCGUUCACCACGGAGUUGAUGGGAUUCUCGUUUCGAAUCAUGGAGGUCGCCAACUGGAUGGAGCGCCAGCUACGUUGGAUGCGUUGGCAGAAGUAGUGCCAGCAGUGCAAGGUGCGGGUGGUGCCCAAUGUGAGGUUUACCUGGAUGGUGGAGUGAGGAGUGGAACAGAUGUGGCUAAAGCUAUCGCACUCGGCGCACGUGCCGUGUGCAUUGGCCGGCCCGUUCUUUGGGGCCUCGCGCAUAACGGUGCAGCGGGUGUUGAAGAAGUCCUGUCAAUUAUGGGUAAGGAACUGCGCUCGACAAUGGGUCUUCUGGGAGCAACGAACGUUAACGAAGUUACGUCGAACAUGAUUACUCGCGCGGCCUCUUGCAAACUUUAACUAUGCC